AACGCGUGCAAGGCUAGAAAGGAUUUACUCUGAGUCUAGCAAUUUUUAUAUAACUUAUCCAGUAACUUAUCUGAGUGCUAGUGAAAGUUCUAAAAAUCAACAUGCAGCCCUUAAAACGAUUCACACAAUGCGGCAGCCUGACCAUGCUCUUUGGCGUCUUCAUCAUUCUAUUCGGCGUCAGCUCGACGGCAUUAACAACGUUUGGCAAAACCAACAACCAACCGCCUCCGCCAGUUCCCAUAGUCAAAGGUCGUGAAUGCUCCACCCAUGAUGACUGUGGCGCGAUAGACCGGACCAGCUGUGUAAAGGAUCCGAACGAUUAUAAAAUGCGCUGCCUCUGCGGCGACGAUUCCCCGCCCUCCAACGGCCUGUGUCCCGAUGUUCUUAAAGGUCUACGUCACAAAUGCAUCAGCAACAAUGAUUGUGAGGAUGGCAUGGUUUGUCAGUUCGAGAACAACAAUCGGACCAUUGGAGUUGCCAAGUUCAUGUCCAGCAAAACCAAGUUGUGUCUUUGUGACAACGAUAACGGCUAUGUAGAGGAUUUACUGCACGACAUCUGUAGUGGCGCCAAUCUGCAAGCAAUUGCCAACGUCUUGGUCUCACUCUGUUCUUUGGUAGCGCCGUUCAUCAUUUCCGCCCAUUUGCAGAAACAUUUCUAGAAGGCUCCUCACAGCUGAGUCUGAAACUCAUGAAUGUUGCGUUUACUCCCGUUUAGUGAUCCAUGAAAUGUGCCUCAAUAAAACCAAACACAUUA